GCAGCAGUUGCAACUGCUACAUGAAGCCGCUACGUAGCGCUACGUAGCGCUAACUUCGGCUAAACACACCCAUUGGCCAGACUCUUAUUUCCAGGGACUCUACGUUCCCCUUUUCACAAGGGGCGAGUUUGAACUCCCUGCCCUGGUAUCUCUGUCAAAACACGCGGUGGAAUAAGAAUCAACUACAUAUAAAUAAAUCAUCAGGCAUUAGAAUUUUUGAGAAAUGGAUCGUACUAGUGCAGGAACUUCGUUAGGCUGGACUCUGUCGUCUCCUAGAAAACGAAUGUCAAUAGUUCACUCAUUGAAGAAAAAUAGCUCAACAACAAGUGUAUCUGGACGGACAAAUCAGUCAGUACAAGUAAUAUGCAGAACUCAGUGCCACACAGUAGAGAGCUUUGGUUCUCCAUUACCAGUUUUAGUUACUGAAGCAUUGACAUUUGUAGAUAGAAAUAUUGUUGUUAGUGUUAAUGUGUCUGUAGAUGGCUGGGCUUGGCUGGUCUAUGGUCGUAAGUUGCUUGUAUGGCAAUGCAAGAGUAACAUUCAUGAUUCCAAACAAAGAAGAAUGUUUAAAACUCAGUGUCGCGAAUUGUUACUGCCUCAAAGUGAUCUGGCUCAUAAGGCAAAUUGUAUAGCAGUCUGGGUAUCACCUGGACAUCAGGUUCCUAGUUGCAUGGCAGUAUCACCAGAAGGAGUGGUACGUUUCUGGGCGAGUGUAGCACAUGAAGGAUCUUCUGUAGAAACUAGCGCCGAGCUUGCUGGACAAGAAGUAGAUUGUCUUAUACACAUACCAGGUCAUGGGUGCAUUCUAGCCACAACUACAUGUACUGUAGCACUUUUACAGCCUCAAUUCAACAAUGGAAAGAACACAAUCUCAUGUCAGGUACUUCGAACGAGUCAAGGAUGGCUUGGUGGCAUAGGUCGUAGAAUGACCUCUCUUAUUUUCGGGGCUAUACCGCAGUCACCCGUCGCGGAAACAAAGCUUGUAAAAGUCACAUGCACAUCUCUGGGCGAGAAAGGAUCGAGAGUGCUUAUUCUCGCCGGGUCUUCCUUGCAAUAUUGGCUUUUUUCUCAAAACGAACAAGAAAAAAUGGAAUUCGAUGAGGACAUCACUCAUAUUGUUCAACAAGCAUUUCAGAGGAAAAUCUGGGAUUCGAGCUCUCAAAGUAUGAACACAUGGUUCAUCGAUAUGCAAACUUGCGAAGAGGGUAUAGUCUUACUAAUGGCGGCCAAUCCGUCUCUUGAAAUUCAUUUCGCGCUUGGAUUGCUACCUUUAACGGGCACUACGUUGUCAAAUUCAUUCAAAUGGUUCAUACCAAUCAAAUUCAAUGGAUGCGUAUUUUAUCACGAUGAGAUGGAAUCACUGCUGGCUUCCUAUCAUUUUAUAUUGUGCGGUUGGGAAGCGAUUAUAUACAAUCGGGAAGAUGUACUUGUGGUUAACACAGCGUCCGAAGUUGAGCAGGACAAAAUCGAUCUGGUGAGAGGUGAGGACAGUAUACUCGGUGGUGCUAUAUGCGGAUCGACACCGGUGUUAUUCACAAAAAGCGUCGGUCUCGUGUCUAUCACGCCAGUAGAUUUUGCUGCGCAAGAUUUUAACACCACUGGAUACACAGACACUACCAUAAGUAUGGAUUAUUCCUACAAAGUGAAUCAAACGGCGCAGAAUUUUUCUACUCUUAUAAGUAACGACGAACUUCAGGAUAUGUAUUCCAGUUCUGACGCGGCCAGACAAUUGCGCGCCGCGUUUCUUCUGAGUCUGCGAAAGAACAAGGCGCAAUGCGACGGGAUUCUCUCGGAACUUUUUCCAUUGCAAGAAGACCCGGUAAUGAAUAUCGACGCCACUCUCGACACGCUUGUUCUGAAAGUCGCGAAAGAUCUGAUUGACGAUUAUCCGGCGAACGAUCCGAGAUGGGCGCAGCAUCGAGAUCUGUCGAUGACAGUGAACGCGGUCACUUCCAUGCAGAUACCCUGUCAAUUGGAGAGCAAACAAAAAGCACUGGAUCUCUUUAUUUUCUUCCUAAAAGAGCACAAGUUGUGGAACAGAUUCUGCGCAGUUACGUGCAGAGAGACUGUUAUGUCUACGUCGCACGUACUCAGCGAAUACGUGGAGAAGAUCGUCGCGGCGUUGACAUUGUACAGUUUACAAAACAGAUAUCCGGAAAUUAUAGACACAAUUAUAGAUCAGACGUUGACUCAAACAAAGUCUCACGUGUCCGAUGAGCUCACGGCUCACGAUGUGUUCUAUCGUAAAGUGAGCACGGUGCAUCUGUUCUUCCCGACUUUGGUGGAAAACGCGUGCGAAGUUACGCAAUCCGAAAGACCUCUGCAACAAGUUGCGCAGUAUAUUAUGCAAACCAACGCAAUUUUGCUAACCGUGCUGUACGAAGUGGUGAAAUAUCGUCAGGACAAUGCCGAACGUUUUGUUCCUGCAAAAUUGUCAAACGAGAGGACGGAAUAUCUGCCGUGGACGGCCGCACCGGGCAAAGCCGGUUUGCGGAACUGUCUCGCUACGAUGCAGAGCAUCACCUUCAAACACGGUGUAACAGGAACCAGCGAUUCCACCAUUAGAAAUGAGCUGUACGAGCAAUUGGUCAGUUUAAUCGAUUUGAUACUGGACGGAAGAAAGUGCCACUUGGAGAGUAUUCGCGGUACGGAGAAAUUCGAAGUGCUCUUGAAGCAAUACGAAACGGAGCGCGUGAAGCUGAUAGAACCGUUGAUAAAGGAAGAACAGUAUGAUAACGCCGCUAUGCUCGCUGAGAAAUACUGUGACUUUCCCUCGCUCAUACAGAUUUGCGAAUUGACCAACAAUAAAAAUCGUCUCGACGGUUACAUAGAAAAAUUCGCGGCGCAAGACUUCGCCGGCUUCUUGUUCUCUUGGUAUGUGAAAGAUGGACGCCAGGGACAGUUGGUCGAACGAUGCAGACGCGGCGGCAUCACAGAAUUGACGGAAAAACUAUCGGAACAUCCCACUUUGUCGUGGGUGCAGGCGGCGUUGACCGACGAGUUGCGACUUGCCGCUAACACGCUUCAAACACUGGCGACUCAAGAAUCCGAACUGGUCAGUCGUAAGAAAUCAAUGCUCUCGUUAGCCAAGUUGGCUCUACUCGCGUCCGAGGAACCAGAGAACAGAAUACAAGAUCGCACCAAGACAAUCGAUCAUGAAUUGACGCUUAUAGCCUAUCAAGAUGAUAUACCGGUUCAAGUGCUUGAGGCCUAUGGCUACGAUACCACGAAAAUGCGAGUACUCACACCGAGAGAACUAAUUAUGUUAUAUACUUCGAACGACAACGUUAUAGCCAACGAAUACGAUUUCAAGAAGGCUCUUGAUUUGCUCGAGUAUCUGGAGCAUGAGGAGGAAAGGCUGUCCGUGAAGUUACAAAUCUGGGCGCGCGCGGCACGACGAAAUCAGUGGGACACUGUGGAGAAGAAUCCCGAGCAACAAGUUCAAGAGACACUAUUUUUCAAGUUGAUGGACCUCGCAUAUUUUAUGGGUGCAAAAGUAGAUGAAUUUUUACCACAUAUUGAUAUGCUUCUGAAGGAAUCGGAGCUUGGAGAGCUUGCCGCGUCGAGUAAUUUCCAAUUUCUUAUAAAAUUAAUAUAUGAAUACGCUUAUCGGAACUUUUGAUGUGAGAAAUAUCUGCAAGUAUAACUAUUUGUAUUUUUGUAAACAAUAAAAUAAAGAAACCUUGUUAAUACUCAUCAUUUAAUAUGAAACAACAGUUACACACUGA